AAACAACAAUAUGGCUACUUCCCAUCUUAUCGCGGGAACAAAAGGCUCAUCAAUGUGGCGUAGCGAGAACAUGGUCCUUCUCGAAAUGACCAUGCAACGUGAAGCUGCUCACCAAACUGUUGAACGUUUGGGUGAAUUGGGCUAUGUCGAAUUUAAAGAUUUGUCUUCCCAUUUGAACGCUUUCCAAAGACAAUUCGCUAACGAAGUCAAGCGUUGCGAAGAAUUGGACAGAAUUAUUCGUUUCUUUGAAGACCAAAUUGAAAAGUCUGAAGUUAAAUUCUCUGAAGGAGCCGAUUUUAAUGAUGAAGAAACUAAUGAAUACGGCAAUGUUUUGGACAGUUUUGAAAGAGACUUUUCUCAACAUGAAAAGGAACUCCGUGAUUUGUCUGGAAAUUUGGAUCAAAUGGUUGCUGAAAAGAACAAGGCUGAAGAAUAUAGCUAUGUCCUCAACUUGGCCGCCCAAUUUUUCAAGGGUGACGAAGAAAGUUACUCUGGUGAUAGCGAAAGUGGUUUGAUGGUUUCUAGAGGUUCUUCCCUUGGUUAUUUGACUGGUGUCAUUCCACGUGAAAAGAUUUCCACCUUCUUGAUGUUGAUUUAUCGUAGUACUCGUGGUAACGUUGUACCAAGAAUGGUUGAAAUUCCAACUCCACUUUUUGAUGCCAAGAGUGGUAAAUCUAUUGAAAAGAGUGUUUUCACUGUUUUCUUUGGUGCCUCCUCUGCAAAGGAAAAGGUCAAGAAGGUCUGUGAAGCUUUGGGUGCUUCUAUUCACGAUUUCCCAGAAGAUGAUGUUGCUGGUGCUCAAAGAUCUGUUCAACAAAAGAUUAACGAAUUAGAUACUACUAUUGAAAGCUCAAAGCUUCGUGUUGUUGAUAUUUUGAGUAAGAUUUCUGUCAACCUCCCAAGAUGGAAGGAAAGAGUCCACAAGGAAAAGGCUAUUUUCCACACACUCAAUCUUUUCAACUAUGACAUUAAGGGUUCAGUUGUUGCUGUUGGUUGGGCUGCUGAAAAGAACUUUGAAAAUGUCAAGAGAGAAAUGGAAGAAGCUAGACUUGCUUCCAAUGCUCAAGUUCCAUCCAUUUGUGAUAUUGUACAACCUACUGAAACUCCUCCAACUUACUUUGAAACCAACAAGUUUACUGACGUUUUCCAACAAAUUGUCAACUCAUAUGGUAUUCCAGAUUACAAGGAAAUGAACCCUGCUGUUGCUGCUGUCAUUCUUUUCCCUUUCCUCUUCGCUGUUAUGUUUGGUGACUUUGGUCACGGUAUUCUCUUGGCUGCUGCUGCCAUUGCUAUGGUUGUCUUUGAAAAGAAGUUGAAGCCAAUCGCUGAAAACAGUGAAUUGCUUGCCAUGGUCUUCCAAGGUAGAUAUAUUUUAGUGUUGAUGGGCUUGUUCUCUAUUUAUACUGGUUUCCUCUACAAUGACGGUUUAGGUUUGGCUGUCGAUAUUUUCCCAUCUGCUUAUGAAUUCAACUCUGAACACGUUGGUGAAAAGAUUGGUAGAACUUAUCCAUUUGGUGUUGAUCCAGCUUGGUUCCAUACCUCAAACAAGUUGUUGUUCUAUAACUCUAUUAAGAUGAAGAUGUCCGUCAUUUUCGGUGUCGGUCACAUGAGUAUUGGUCUCUUCUUUGCUUUGGCUAACAUGAUUCAAUUCGGCCACUUUUUGGAUAUCUUUGUUGAAUUCAUUCCUGAAGUCCUCAUUUUGUGGUGUACUUUCGGUUAUAUGUGUGUUUUGAUCGUCUACAAGUGGUGUGUUAACUGGGGUGAUGAAGUUCACAGCGGUAAAUUUGAUCCUCCUCAAAUCUUGCCAAUGAUGACUGAUUAUUUCUUGAGUCCUUGGAAGAUGUCUCAACCUCCAAUGUUCUACUAUGGUGGUGACGUUGCUGAAGCUCAAGCUAGACAAUCUUAUGCUCAAAUGGCUUUAUUGCUUAUUACUGCUAUCUCAGUUCCAAUUCUCUUGAUUCCAAAGCCAAUUGCUGAAUACCUCAAACAAAAGAGAAAGUUCAAGCACCGUAAGGUUGAUGAUGCUGAAGUUGUCAAUUCUAACAGUGAUGAAUCCCACCACGUUGCUAUUUUGGAUGGUACUGAUGGUCACGAUAACGUUGCUCAUACUCAUGGUGAAGGUCAUGCUGAAAUGGAACCAUUCUCUGAAUUGUUCAUUAAGCAACUUAUUCACACUAUUGAAUAUGUUUUGGGUACUGUUUCUAACACUGCCUCAUACUUGCGUUUGUGGGCCUUGUCACUUGCUCACGCUCAGCUUGCUGAAGUCUUUUGGCAAAUGACCAUUGGUCUCAUUCUUAACCAACUUGAAAGCAUGCCAGAAGUUGAAACUGCCGUUGUACACAGUGGUGUUGGUGUUUUCUUUGUUUUCGCUCUCUGGUUCGGUAUGACCAUUGGUGUCUUGCUUGUCAUGGAAUCUUUGUCUGCUUUCUUGCACGCUUUGAGAUUGACUUGGGUCGAAUUCCAAAACAAGUUCUUCAAGGGUACUGGUUCUCUCUUCCGUCCAUUCAGCUUUGAAACCUUUGGUAAGAACGAUGAUUAAAUUAUAAAUCCUAAAUAAAUUAUUUAAAACUUUUAUUAA